GACACCCCACAGUCAGCCGCAUGGCUCCCCUGUGCCCCAGCCCCUGCCUCCCUCUGUUGAUCCCAGCCCCUGCUCCAGGCCUCACUAUGCAACUGCUGCUGUCACUGCUGCUUCUGGUGCCUGCCCAUCCCCAGAGGCUGCCCCGGAUGCAGGAGGAUUCCCCCCUGGGAGGAGGCUCUUCUGGGGAAGAUGACCCACUGGGCGAGGAGGAUCUGCCCAGUGAAGAGGAUCCACCCAGAGAGGAGGAUCUACCUGGAGAGGAGGAUCUACCUGAAGUUAAGCCUAAAUCAGAAGAAGAGGGCUCCCUGAAGUUAGAGGAUCUACCUACUGCUGAGGCUCCUGGAGAUCCUCAAGAACCCCAGAAUAAUGCCCACAGGGACAAAGAAGGGGAUGACCAGAGUCAUUGGCGCUAUGGAGGCGACCCGUCCUGGCCCCAGGUGUCCCCAGCCUGCGCGGGCCGCUUCCAGUCCCCGGUGGAUAUCCGCCCCCAGCUCACCGCCUUUUGCCGGGCCCUGCGCCCCCUGGAACUCCUGGGCUUCCAGCUCCCGCCGUUCCCAGAACUGCGCCUGCGCAACAAUGGCCACAGUGUGCAACUGACCCUGCCUCCCGGACUAGAGAUGGCUCUGGGUCCCGGGCGGGAGUACCGGGCUCUGCAGCUGCAUCUGCACUGGGGGGCUGCAGGUCGUCCGGGCUCGGAGCACACUGUGGAAGGCCACCGUUUCCCUGCCGAGAUCCACGUGGUUCACCUCAGCACCGCCUAUGCCAGAGUUGACGAGGCCUUGGGGCGCCCCGGAGGCCUGGCCGUGUUGGCCGCCUUUCUGGAGGUCUCUUCCAGUUGCCCGAAAGCCCUGUACUUUUUUUUGAGUUACGUCUUAUGGGAAGGGCCUGCACUUAGUGAAGAAGCGGUCUCAGAGAGCUCAGAGACUCAGGUCCCAGGACUGGACAUAUCUGCACUCCUGCCCUCUGACCUCAGCCGCUACUUCCGAUAUGAGGGGUCUCUGACUACACCGCCCUGUGCCCAGGGUGUCAUCUGGACUGUGUUUAACCAGACAGUGAUGCUGAGUGCUAAGCAGCUCCACACCCUCUUUGACACCCUGUGGGGACCUGGUGACUCUCGGCUACAGCUGAACUUCCGAGCAACGCAGCCUUUGAACGGGCGAGUGAUCGAGGCCUCCUUCCUUGCUGGAGUGGACAGCAGUCCUCGGGCUGCUGAGCCAGUCCAGCUGAAUUCCUGCCUGGCUGCUGGUGACAUCCUAGCCCUGGUUUUUGGCCUCCUUUUUGCUGUCACCAGCGUCGCCUUCCUCGUGCAGAUGAGAAGGCAGCACAGAAGGGGAACCAAAGGGGGUGUAAGCUACCACCCAGCAGAGGUAGCCGAGACUGGAGCCUAGAGGCUGGAUCUUGGAGAAUGUGAGAAGCCAGCCAGAGGCAUCUGAGGGGGAGCCGGUAACUGUCCUGUCCUGCUCAUUAUGCCACUUCCUUUUAACUGCCAAGAAAUUUUUUAAAAUAAAUAUUUAUAACAAAGUA